AUGUCCGAAGGCGGUGGAAGAGCGGACGCACUCCGUAAUGCAAAUAAGCAAAUAUUGCCCUUGAUUUGCGCGAUCACUAGUUUAUUGACCUGUUGCCUCCUAUCCGAACGCAAAACAUACUCUGUUGGCGGUCCUGCAGAGAAGAAGCAUCCCACCAUGAAGGCUUAUUGGUAUGACAACAAACCGGGUGACCAGCGGGAACCCCAUGACUCCGGCCGCCCGGUGACGGUGGACUAUCUCGCCUCCAUUGGAGUCCAGUACUACCAUUUCCCCUCCCUCGAGUCUGUUAAUGAAUUGGCCAAGGAACGUGGGUACAAGAAUCGUGAUGAGAUUGUAGUUUCGCCACAGGCGAUGGGUGAUGUGUACGAGGAGAAAGUGAAGAUGUUCUUCAAUGAGCAUCUGCACGAAGACGAGGAGAUCCGCUACAUCCGUGAUGGCGAGGGUUACUUUGACGUGCGUGGUCAGGAGGACGAAUGGGUUCGGAUCAAGUUGGCGAAGGAUGACUUGAUCAUCCUUCCCGCUGGUAUCUACCAUCGUUUCACCACCGAUGACAAGAAUUACGUCAAGGCUAUGCGCCUUUUCCAGGAAGAGCCUAAAUGGACUCCCUUGAACCGUGGCCCUGAUGUCGAUGAGAACUCUCAUCGGCAGUCUUACCUUCGCACGAUCCAGAACAAGACCGUUGCUUAG